GAUCGCUUUCCAUCGCCCCCUAUCGCUUCGAAAGGUCCUGUGUUGCUUAUUUAGCCUAUCGCUCGUCAGCCAUGGUCGAGACGCGCCCGAGGAAGCAGGGCCCAGAGUUCGACAUCGGUGAGCCAUCGGGAAGGAAGAGAAGGAGUGCACGACGAGAACAUGGGAUGUGGCAAUGGCGUCGUGUGGCGUUGGUGUGGUGCUGUGCUGUGCUGUCUCUGUGUGUGUGUGUGCAGAGGAGAAGGUGCCCUGCUUCUUCGACCCGAAUCACAUGGUGCCGAAGAGCAGACUCAUGUACGUCCGUAGGCUGACUCACUGAAUGACUGACUGGCAUGGUGUCAGAUGUGUGGUGCGUGUGGGCGAUGCGAUGCGAUGUGAUGUGAUGUGAAUAUGUGGUAUCAUGUGGUAUGGCUGACACUGUGUGGUGUGUGUUGUCUGUGUGCAGGUGGCACUACACCACCAAGUGUCAGGCCUACAAGUACAUGAAGAACCAGGUCAAACGGUGCCCAUACAACGUCCUCCACUGUAAGGAAGUGACGACAGACAGACAGUGACCGGCCGGCGAUCCACUCACGCAGACAAGACAAGCAGACAGACAGAAAGGCGUUAAACCCCCCUCCCCACACCCACACUUGUCCUGCCAUGCGCGUGUCAUUCCUCUCUCUCUGUCUUUGUGGAUGUUGUAUGGGUGUGUGCAGUCACACAUACCGCCGUCGAGAUGGAGCUGCACAAGCGCACCUGCCCCGACCGGCCCAGGGACCGUUCCAACUACGCCGACACGUUCCAGAACAACACCACCAAUGGAAGCACCAAUGGCACCACCAAUGGCAACAACAGUGACUGGUGGGUGUGGCUGACACAACACACACACACACACACACACACAGACACGCAGAUAGAAACCCGCAACAAGUCAACACACACCCCAUAUGGGCUGCCUGCCGUCUGUCUUCACGCAUGAUGUGCAUACAGGGGCGAUUGGGCCGGCGGCACCCCAAGCACCAACAGCAACGGCCGUGGCCGAGGCGGUGGUGGCGUGGGCGUGCGUGGGCGGGGCGGCUACCGCGGGGGUCGUGGGGACGGAGGCGGGCCACCUGUGCGCCGUGGCGGUUGGGAUGAUAGCAGUGACGAUGAGGAGGCUACCACUCGCGGCCCGCCCAGCAUGUAUGGGGCGGCCCGGAGUGAGUCGGGCUACGGUGACGGUGGUGCUGGUGACGACGAGGGCUACCCCGAGUCGGAGGCCGCCCAGACCGAGUUCCGCACGGCGCAGCAGGAGUUCCGCGGCAGCGAUGGCAAUAGCUACACCAACGACAACAGCUCGCAGUAUUCGAUCGUGGAGGUCUGCAUGGCAUUCACUGCCGACACGCAGACUGAAUGACACGCGCACAUAUGCUCCCUCAUGGGUGUGUUGUGUCGAUUGGGUGGUGCGUGCAGGAAAUUGCCGAGUUGCACGAGAAGGAGAAAGAGCUGCGCCAGAACAUCCAGAAGGUCGGUGUGAGAGAGAGACCCCGGGAGGGAGAGAGGGAGGGAAGGAGGGAGGGAGGGAGGGAGGGAAGAGCCUACAGGCAGGCAGGCAGACUGGCAGACAGCGAGCCGCUCUGCGCAUGAAUGCACAUCACAUCACAUCACAUCCCGUGACAGAUGGACGUCUGCCUGCCUAUGAGUGGCGGAAAGUAAGGUGUGAAUGAAUGGAUUGCUGCAGGUGGAGGCCAUGGAGACGGAUGCCGAGUUGGGCGACGUGCUCACUGAGGAGGAGCAGCGUAUGGUGGACAGUAAGCACCAUACCGACCACCACACACAGAGAAGGGCAGACAGACAGACAGGCGCAUGUGGCCAUCCAUGUCUGUGGUGGUACACGCGCGCGUGUCAGGUCGUGGAGAGCUUCAGGAAGAGCUGGACGAGAUCACGCGGCGCAUCCAGAUGCUGCAGCUCGGCCAGAGGCAGCAGCGGGCGGGAUGAACCCGAUAGACACACACAGAAAUAAGAUGCGGCAAACAAGCAACACACACACAUACACAAGUGAAUGCACCGAAGUAGGUAUCGACUGAGG